AACUGUCAUUUCUCACACUCUCGGUCUCUUGUCUGUGACUGUCUGUCUCUCUCUGGUCUUCGCUACUCCAUUGUCUCACUCUCUCGUUCUCUCAAACUUAGCGUCUCUUCCAUCUGCUGCUUCUUCUUCUUCUUUUGCAGGAAAAUGGGUACGCGUGUUGCUAAUAAAUCAAGAAACCCACUUGCUUUUAUUACUAUUAGUAUAUUCAAAAAUCAUUAUUGCUGCUUUCAUGUUAGACUUAGAGUUAGUGUAGGGCAGCUAAAACCAUUUCACGCUCUUUAUUCUACUCACACUGAUAGAGAAAACUUGGAAAGCCAAUCUCAGAAUCAGAUUCAGUUCUUGAAAUCUGUGAGAGAUCAGUGCAAAUCUCGAAGCUUAAGGAACGUUGAUCAUGCCUUAGACAUGUUUGAUAAAAUGCUUCACAUGCGCCCUUUGCCUUCCAUUGACGAUUAUAAUCACAUGUUGGGUGCCAUUGCAAGAUUGAAGCAUUACCCGGAGGUAAUUUCGCUAUAUAAACAAAUGAAAUCAUUAGGAAUCUCUCCAAAUGUUUGUACUUUGAAUACUUUGAUUAAUUGUUUCUGUCAUUUGAACCAUCUAGAUUUUGGAUUCUCUGUCUUAGCAACAAUUUUGAAACUUGGUUAUCAACCAAACCAUAUAACUCUUAACACCCUUAAAAAAGGGCUGUGUCUUCGAGGUCACAUUGCUGGAGCUGUGAGAUUGGUAGAUGAAAUGGAGAGAAAAGGGUAUCAACCUGAUGCAUUUACUUGUGGAACCAUGGUGAACGGUUUGUGUAAGAUUGGUGAAACUGAUAUGGCUAUUAGGUUGCUUAGGAAUAUGGAAGAAAGGAAUUUUGAGCUUGAUAUGACAACAUUUAACACAAUCAUUGAUAGUUUAUGUAAGGACAGAUUGGUAACUGAGGCUUUGAACCUUUUAUCUAAAAUGAAGAGUAAAGGCAUUCAGCCAAACCUUGUCACUUACAAUUCCUUAUUUCAAAAUCUCGACUAGUGGAGGGAGGCUACUACUCUGUUGAAUGAGAUGGUGCAAAGGAAGGUGAUGCCAAAUGUGCUAACCUUUAGCAUAUUGGUGGACGCACAUUGUAAAGAGGGGAUGCUGAUGAAGGCAAAAGAAGUUUUUGGUGUGAUGAUUCGAAGAGGCAUUGAACCUAACACCGUCACUUGUAGCUGUUUGAUUGAUGGUUACUGUUUGCAAAACAAAAUGGAUGAUGCUGUGAAAACAUUUAAUAUGAUGAUUGAGAGAGGUUGUUUGCCUAAUCUGUUUAGUUAUAACAUAUUGAUCAAUGGAUAUUGCAAAAAUAAAAGAAUUAAUGAGGCAAUGCGUCUCUUUCGUGAAAUGUCCAACAAGGGAAUGAUUCCUGACGUUGUGACAUACAACACUCUUAUAAGGGGGUUUUGCCUAGUGGAGAGACUUGAGGUUGUGCUAGAGCUAUUCCAUAAGAUGCAAGAUUGUGGUGAAUGUCCAAGUCCCCAAACCUAUGCUAUCUUGUUGGAUGGCCUUUGUAAGAACAAAAAAAUUGGUGAGGCGAUGGCAUUGUUUCAAGAGAUGGAAGACAAAAAGUUG